UAAAACACUGCCAACAAAUUUAAUUUUGCUUUAGAACCAACCUUAAUAAAGCAAUGCAGUCGAAGACAAUCUUUCGCAAAGCUGUUUUAAAUUUUCAAUUUUGUAAACAAAAUAAACAAUCAUUUUCCUAAAAAUAUUUAAAAGUUGCAUAUAAAACAUGAAUUCUUGGAAAAGAAUUAAAACUUCUGGCACUUUCAAGCGAAAAGUGAAGAAGAAUUUUUAUAAAAUUCUUAACAUAAACCCACUUUUGUUCCAAAAGGUGCAACAACCUGCCCGUAGUACAAUAUAUCCGAAACCAGAAACAAGCAGCUCUAUAGAAAGUGCUGGUUCCAGGGAAACGGAUGGCGGUUACGAACUGGAUCAAAACCGUAAGUUGCACUUAUUGGAUGUAUCGGAAAGAUGGGAACCGCCUGCACAUGAGGAAGAAUACGUUGACCCUGAUCCGGCAGAUGAAACUUUCGCCAACUUGCGUCUUCUGGAUAAUCUGCAUUGUUGGGCGGUCAAGAACAACAUUCGUCAUUCAGUUUUUAAAGAAUUGUUAGCUAUUCUGAACAUUCGCCUUUCGAAUAUAUUACCCCGUGAUCCAAGAACCUUAUUGAAAACGAUCCAGUCGGUGGACCUUCAACAGAUGGAGAACGGGCAAUACUGGCACCAAGGGGUCAAGAACUGUCUUGAGAGGGUGCUCUCGGAAAGCACUGGGCCAUCAAAUAUAUCAUUAAAAGUUAAUAUUGAUGGAGUUCCGGUUUACAGAAGCUCGAAGGACGAAUUUUGGCCGAUUUUGAUUAAUAUUGACGAAUACCCCCAAGUUGCACCAAUGAUUGUGGGAAUUUACGCAGGCAAACAAAAACCAACAAACGUUGGAACAUUUUUGUCACCAUUUGUUGCUGAGAUGGAGAAAAUUUAUCAGGAAGGAAUUUAUAUUAAUGGCCACAAAGUUACAGUAUCCAUUAGGUGUUUCGUGUGCGAUUCUCUAGCGAGGGCGUUCAUAAAAGGUUUGCAUACACAGACAUAUUUUGAAGUACUGCAAGUUAUGAACUCAAUUUGCGAUUUCAGGGACCGCUUACUUUAAUGCGCAAAAUGGGUGCCAGACAUGCACAACAAUUGGAGAAUACUCUUAUGUAUCACAUACAAUUUAUUUCCCUCGGGCAGGGUGUCCACCGAGGACUGACGCUGAUUUUCGAAACAAAAAGUAUGGU